AUGGUGCCUUGGACCACUGCAGCCCUGGAGGAGGUUUUGACCAAGAGUGACGGGAGCACGGAGGGGAAGACUCACCGGGAAAAGCUGGAGCUGGUGGCCUCCUUCUCCUUCUUCGGCAAUGUCAUGUCCAUGGCCAGUGUGCAGCUGGCAGGUGCCAAGCGUGACGCUCUGCUCCUCAGCUUCAAGGAUGCCAAGCUGUCAGUCGUGGAAUAUGACCCCGGCACACACGACCUCAAGACCCUGUCCCUGCACUACUUUGAGGAGCCUGAGCUUCGGGACGGGUUUGUGCAGAACGUGCACACGCCUCGCGUGCGGGUAGACCCCGACGGGCGCUGUGCAGCCAUGCUCAUCUACGGUACGCGGCUGGUGGUGCUGCCCUUCCGCAGGGAGAGCCUGGCUGAGGAGCACGAGGGGCUCAUGGGAGAGGGGCAGAGGUCCAGCUUCCUGCCCAGCUACAUCAUUGACGUGAGGGCUCUGGAUGAGAAGCUGCUCAACAUUGUUGACCUGCAGUUCCUGCACGGCUACUAUGAGCCCACCUUGCUCAUCCUGUUCGAGCCUAACCAGACGUGGCCUGGGCGCGUGGCUGUGAGACAGGACACAUGCUCCAUCGUGGCCAUCUCACUGAACAUCACCCAGAAGGUCCACCCCGUCAUCUGGUCUCUCACCAGCCUGCCUUUUGACUGCACCCAGGCCCUGGCUGUGCCCAAACCCAUAGGUGGGGUGGUGAUCUUCGCGGUCAACUCCCUGCUGUAUCUGAACCAGAGCGUCCCCCCGUACGGCGUGUCUCUCAACAGCCUCACCACAGGCACCACGGCCUUCCCGCUGCGUACGCAGGAAGGUGUGCGGAUCACCCUGGACUGCGCCCAGGCGGCCUUCAUCUCCUAUGACAAGAUGGUCAUCUCCCUCAAGGGUGGAGAGAUCUACGUGCUGACCCUCAUCACGGAUGGCAUGCGAAGUGUCCGAGCAUUCCACUUCGACAAGGCGGCCGCUAGCGUCCUCACCAGCAGUAUGGUCACCAUGGAGCCCGGGUACCUCUUCCUUGGCUCUCGCCUGGGGAACUCCCUCCUCCUCAAGUACACAGAGAAGCUGCAGGAGCCCCCAGCCAGUGCUGUCCGGGAAGCUGCCGACAAGGAAGAGCCUCCCUCCAAGAAGAAGCGGGUGGACGCCGCCGUGGGCUGGUCAGGAAGCAAGUCUGUCCCGCAGGACGAGGUGGACGAGAUCGAGGUGUAUGGCAGUGAGGCCCAGUCUGGUACACAGCUGGCAACCUACUCAUUUGAGGUGUGCGACAGCAUGCUCAACAUCGGACCCUGUGCCAACGCUGCCGUGGGAGAGCCUGCUUUCCUAUCCGAAGAGUUUCAGAACAGUCCUGAGCCAGACUUGGAGAUUGUGGUCUGUUCCGGCUAUGGGAAGAAUGGGGCCCUGUCUGUGCUGCAGAAGAGCAUCCGGCCCCAAGUAGUAACGACCUUUGAACUUCCGGGUUGCUAUGACAUGUGGACCGUCAUAGCCCCUGUGCGUAAGGAGGAGGAGGAGACGCCCAAGGCAGAGGGUGCAGAGCAGGGCCCCAGGGCGCCUGAAGCAGAGGACGGCGGGCGAAGGCACGGCUUCCUCAUUCUAAGCCGGGAAGAUUCAACCAUGAUCCUGCAGACCGGCCAGGAGAUCAUGGAGCUGGACACCAGUGGCUUUGCCACACAGGGCCCCACGGUCUUUGCCGGAAACAUCGGGGACAAUCGGUACAUUGUGCAAGUGUCUCCUCUGGGCAUCCGUUUGCUGGAAGGAGUGAACCAGCUACACUUCAUCCCCGUGGACCUGGGCGCCCCUAUUGUGCAGUGUGCAGCAGCUGACCCCUACGUGGUCAUCAUGAGCGCCGAGGGCCAUGUCACCAUGUUCCUACUCAAGAGCGACUCCUAUGGCGGCCGCCACCACCGCCUGGCGCUGCACAAACCCCCUCUGCACCAUCAGUCCAAAGUCAUUGCGCUCUGCCUGUACCGCGAUGUCAGUGGCAUGCUCACCACCGAGAGCCGCCUGGGUGGAACCCGCGAUGAGCUGGGAGGCCGCAGUGGCUCGGAGGUCGACGGCUUGGGCUCGGAGACGAGCCCCACGGUGGAUGACGAGGAGGAGAUGCUGUACGGGGACUCCAGCUCCCUUUUUAGCCCCUGCAAGGAAGAGGCGCGGAGGAGCAGCCAGCCCCCGGCUGACCGUGACCCCGCGCCCUUUCGAGCAGAGCCCACACACUGGUGUCUGCUGGUGCGAGAGAACGGCACCAUGGAGAUCUACCAGCUCCCUGACUGGAGGCUGGUGUUUCUGGUGAAGAACUUCCCUGUGGGGCAGCGGGUCCUAGUGGACAGCUCCUUCGGACAGCCUCCCACCCAGGGCGAGGCCCGGAAGGAGGAGGCCACUCGGCAGGGGGAGCUGCCCCUGGUCAAGGAGGUGCUGCUGGUGGCGCUAGGGAGCCGCCAGAGCCGGCCCUACCUGCUGGUCCACGUGGACCAGGAGCUGCUCAUCUACGAGGCCUUCCCCCAUGACUCUCAGCUCGGCCAGGGCAACCUCAAAGUCCGCUUCAAGAAGGUUCCCCACAACAUUAACUUCCGUGAGAAGAAGCCAAAGCCGUCCAAGAAGAAGGCGGAAGGUGGUGGCGCCGAGGAGGGGCCUGGAGUCCGGGGCCGCGUGGCCCGUUUCCGCUAUUUUGAGGAUAUUUAUGGCUAUUCAGGGGUGUUCAUCUGUGGCCCCUCACCCCACUGGCUCCUGGUGACCGGCCGGGGUGCCCUGCGACUGCACCCCAUGGGCAUUGAUGGCCCCAUUGACUCCUUUGCCCCAUUCCACAACGUCAACUGCCCCCAUGGCUUCCUGUACUUCAACAGACAGGGUGAGCUGAGGAUCAGUGUUCUGCCUGCCUACUUGUCCUAUGACGCCCCAUGGCCCGUCCGGAAGAUCCCGCUGCGCUGCACGGCCCACUACGUGGCUUACCACGUGGAGUCCAAGGUAUACGCAGUGGCAACCAGCACCAAUACUGCUUGCACGCGCAUCCCUCGCAUGACUGGUGAGGAGAAGGAGUUUGAGGCCAUUGAGAGAGAUGACAGGUACAUCCACCCCCAGCAGGAGGCCUUCUCCAUCCAGCUCAUCUCCCCGGUCAGCUGGGAGGCCAUCCCCAACGCCAGGAUCGAGCUGGAAGAGUGGGAGCAUGUCACCUGCAUGAAGACCGUGUCCCUGCGCAGUGAGGAGACCGUGUCUGGCCUCAAGGGCUAUGUGGCAGCUGGGACGUGCCUCAUGCAGGGCGAAGAGGUCACGUGCCGUGGGCGGAUCUUGAUCAUGGAUGUGAUUGAGGUGGUGCCUGAGCCUGGCCAGCCCCUGACCAAGAACAAGUUCAAGGUGCUAUAUGAGAAGGAACAGAAGGGGCCAGUGACUGCUCUGUGCCACUGCAACGGCCACUUGGUGUCGGCCAUCGGGCAGAAGAUCUUCCUGUGGAGUCUGCGGGCCAGCGAGCUGACAGGCAUGGCCUUCAUCGACACUCAGCUGUACAUCCACCAGAUGAUCAGCGUUAAGAACUUCAUCCUGGCAGCCGACGUCAUGAAGAGCAUCUCACUGCUGCGCUACCAGGAAGAAAGCAAGACGCUGAGCCUGGUGUCCCGAGACGCCAAGCCCCUGGAGGUGUACAGCGUGGACUUCAUGGUGGACAAUGCCCAGCUGGGAUUCCUUGUUUCUGACCGAGACCGCAACCUCAUGGUGUACAUGUACCUGCCUGAAGCCAAGGAGAGUUUCGGGGGCAUGCGCCUGUUGCGCCGGGCAGACUUCCAUGUGGGUGCCCAUGUGAACACGUUCUGGAGGACCCCGUGCCGAGGGGCUGCCGAGGGGUCCAGCAGGAAGUCGGUUGUGUGGGAGAACAAACACAUCACUUGGUUUGCAACCCUGGACGGUGGCAUUGGGCUUCUGCUGCCCAUGCAGGAGAAGACCUACCGGCGGCUGCUGAUGUUGCAGAAUGCUCUGACCACCAUGCUGCCCCACCACGCCGGCCUCAACCCCCGAGCCUUCCGGAUGCUGCACGUGGACCGGCGCGUGCUGCAGAAUGCCGUGCGCAACGUGCUUGAUGGGGAGCUGCUCAACCGCUACCUGUACCUCAGCACCAUGGAGCGCAGCGAGCUGGCCAAGAAGAUCGGCACCACCCCUGACAUUAUUCUGGACGACUUGCUGGAGACGGACCGGGUCACCGCCCACUUCUAGGCCCUCGGAUGCGACCCUGGCCCGUGUGCACUGCCUCCCUCCCCGCCCCCCUUUUGUACAAAACACACCAAGAACAAUUUGUUUUCAGGCAA